CGGGCAGGACGGCAAAGGGUCCCUUCAAUGCUCAUCUAUCUAGGCGAGGGCCUGCUCGAUAUGCCCUGAUAAUCUCGUCUCAGCCUGUCUUUUUUCUGCUCGAAUACAUCUUGUUCUUUUCAGUAUCAUCAAAUCUACCAACCUACUUUCCUGAUCUGGAGCACACAACGGCCAAGCGACCGGCUCAACAACGCCAUGAGUAGACCUGCAACCCUCAGCACUUCCUUGCGAUCGGCCAAUGGCUUCCUUUCCUCCUCUCCCCUGGCCCAGGAGUCAAUCUUGAGGGACUUGGCGGAUGCUGAAGGAGAGGAAGAGGAAGAAUGCCACAGGACCAACAAUACUGCUGAUGGAGAUCAAGACUUCGGGCUCGGCCAUGAGCAACACUACUCAAUGGCUGGCUCCUACCGGAGAACCUCCUACGUCGCAUCCGGUCCACGACCACUCUUCCCCUCCGCACAAGCGCCCGAGUCUAGAAGAGCGAACGGACAAGACCGCGAAGCUGCCCUCGCGGAAGAACGAAGCCUGUUGCGGGACAAUCAUUUGAUCCAUCCCAAGCACCCUCGAACCACAAGUACCUUGUCGAAGAAGCCCAGCGGACUAUUGAAAAAGUCGUUUGUGACUGGAUUUGUACCACGGAAGGGCGGCGCUGACGAAGAGUCGGCUGUCGAAGAUGGAGGGCCGAACGAGAACACUUCUCUUCUUGGAAACCCUGCCGAACCAUAUGGAGGCAUAGAUACUCCAGAGAACAUCGACAAAAGAUGGGAAGAAGCAGUUGCAUCGGGAAAGAUCAAGACGACUUGGCAGAGAGAAGCAAUUGUUCUGGCGAGAUAUUCUCGAUCUCUGAUCUUGACCUUCCUCCUUCAAUAUUCCUUGACUGUUACCUCGGUCUUUACCGUGGGUCACAUUGGCAAGCUUGAGCUAGGGGCCGUCUCCCUUGCCAGUAUGACUGCUACUAUCACCGGAUACUCUGUAUAUCAAGGAUUGGCUACUAGUCUUGACACUCUUUGUGCACAGGCAUACGGCUCUGGCAACAAAACUCUUGUCGGACUGCAGCUUCAACGUAUGGUUUACUUCUUGUGGGUUAUCACGAUUCCAAUUGCAAUCAUUUGGGCCGCUGGACCGAGUAUUAUCGGCGCGAUCGUGCCUGAGAAAGCGACUGCCGAGCUAGCAGGACAAUAUCUCCGAGUCCUAAUUAUUGGUGCUCCAGGGUAUGCUGCAUUUGAAGCUGGGAAAAGAUUCGUGCAAGCACAGGGAAUGUUCUCGGCAACCCUUAUCGUGCUUCUGAUUUGCGCACCUCUCAAUGUGUUCUUGCACUGGCUUUUUGUCUGGAGAUUGGGAUUUGGUUUUAUCGGGGCCCCAAUUGCUGUGGUGAUCAUAGAAAACCUCAUGCCGCUCUCCCUGUUCCUCUACGUCCGUUUCUUUGGCGGUAUGGAGUGUUGGGGUGGUUUUAGUAAACUUGCUCUCCGGAACUGGAUGCCCAUGAUCCGCCUUGCCCUCCCUGGUCUGGUCAUGAUCCUCGCCGAGUAUCUGGCCUUUGAGAUCUUGACACUCUCGGCGAGUUGGAUCUCACCAACACACCUUGCAACGCAAAGUGUCCUCAGCACAAUUUCCACCAUUACCUAUCAGAUCCCCUUUCCCAUCAGUAUCGCAGCGAGCACCCGUAUUGCCAACCUGAUUGGUGCCACGCUUUCGGAUGCUGCCAAGGUCAAUGCGAAGGUCUCGUUGUAUGCAGCAUUGUUUGUUGGUAUCUUCAACAUGAUCUUGCUGAGCUCCACUCGCGAGUACAUCCCCAGACUAUUUACCAACGAUGCCGAUGUUAUUGAGCUCACUGCGAAGACACUUCCUUUGAACGCUGCGUUUCAGCUCUUCGACUCUCUUGCAGCUCUGUGUAACGGUAUUUUGCGUGGUUUGGGUCGACAAGAGAUUGGUGGUUAUGUAAAUUUGUUCGCGUACUACGUGAUUGCUAUGCCGAUCUCAUUCGGAACCGGUUUCGGCCUUCACUGGGACCUCUAUGGACUUUGGGCUGGGCCUGCACUUGCACUCGGAAUCGUAGCUGCUGUCGAAGGCUGGUUCAUAUACCAGACUAGCUGGGAGAAGGCUGUCGAAGAAGCACAAGAGAGAAAUGCGAUGAGUUAAGAAAUCGCUUGUAACUGUGUUUCUGCAUUGUACAUGUUGGGCAGACUGGCGUGUACUACAUAGAUGUUCUAAGCAGGUCUCUCACGGGACAAAUGCGAUUGAGCUUUUCAAGGCUAUGUUUCGAUCUUGAAUCACUCUGUGCAUUUCAGCGGGAGCAGAUUGUCCU